AUCCAUCAUAAUUGACAUGAAUAACACUGUGAAAGAAGAAAUUUACAAUGCAUUGAAUGAACUCAUUGAACAGCAAUUUAAAGAAUUUAAAUGGAGACUAAAUUCUAUUGAUUAUAAUGGAAGGCCAAACAUUUCUACAGCUUCACUGGAGAAAACAGAGGCACAAGACGUUGUAGAUCUCCUGAUUCAACAUUAUGGAAAAGAUGCUCUAGAGGUAUGCAUUAUUGUUCUUCGAAAAUGCAACAGAAAUGAUCUUGCAGAAAAACUUGAAGAAACUGGACAGAAAGUUGCAGAUGUUGAUGCUCACCAACUUCCAGAUUCAUCAGGUAAGACAGGAAUCAUUCAAAGGGUUAUUGAAUUAUGUUUAAAACUAAUUCAGCAUGAGCAUUUCCUUUCCUCUCCUUCUCCAUCUACGCAAACAUCCAAAGUGGAUGUUAAAAAAGAACAAGAGCAACAAUUAGAUGUAGAAAAUUAUAAACUCACUGUGUCAAUUCUACAAAUGCUGGACAAUGGAAACAACUUAACUGUACCUUUGGAAUAUAAACUUGGCAUCAUCUUUUAUUAUUAUGAUGACAGCCAGCUUUUCAGACUGGGUAAUUGUCUUGAUGUUGUUACAGAUAUCAUUGAAGAGCAUUAUUAUUAUAGAUCAUCACACAAUCAGCCAGAUGUUCAGACUGGAUUUGGCAUUUUUGUUUACCUAUUGAAAUCUUACCAAGGACCUGCAAUAGGUAGAUGUGAAUGUUUGAUGGUGUUAUUGAUAUUGUCACAGGAUGGAAGUUGCUCCCAGUAA